ACGUUUUUCGCAGUAACCCAAUACAUUGCUCGAUAUCAGUGCACAAUACACAGUGUCUGUGUGUAUUGUUCUUCCCGGCAGAGAAAGGGCUGACUAAGGAAGAUGUCUAGUUUUGAGACUGUCUUUGAUUUUAUCACGAGUAUCCAAAAUCACGAAGAGAUCUACCAGCAGAUGGUAGCCACAGAUGGGAGCUCUGAUAUUGACUUGAAUUCUUGGGAACUGUCUACAAUUGGCAUUGGUGAGAAAAACUUGCUGAGAGAUGUUGAUAUGGUAGAGAAAUUUCGUUGUCCAGGCAUGGAUGUCGGGUUCAAGUUGAACUCGGCUUCUCUUGCGAAGCAAAGGGUGGUGAAAGGACGCGUGAAAGGGAAUCUCUCAUCAAUGAAAGCCUAUGAUGAGACAUUCUUGAUGGAGGAUACAAUUAAGUUAGCCCCAAUGGCAAGGAGAGUUCUCUGCCCUGGCAGGAGUGGGUUGGAAAUGCUUAACAAUGCCCCGUUAUAUAACAAAGUGGUGAUGGCUGUGGCAGGUAUUGAGCCUGCCAGCUUAACGGACGUAACUAUGAUGUUUGCUUGUGAGAAGCUUGCACUAAAACCUGACAUGUGUCACGUGUUCUUGAAGGGAUAUUUGAUGUUAAUGGCAUUUAACUUAGCUGUCAUAUCAGAUGUGUAUAACUACAAGAAAAAUGAUAUUAAAGCAGAGUUGGUUGCUGGUGUGUCGCCAGAUUCUAAAUUGAAUCUGCUGAUGAUGGAAGAUAUUGUAGUUGACGUGGCCCAUUUUUCACCGAAUGAGGUGUCUCUAUUGGUCGAGAUGUCUUGUGAGUAUCCAACAAGGCGAUAUGGUGCUGCAAACAUUUAUAAUAAUAUAUACAUGUCCAAAGAUAAUGUUACGUUUAUAUCGGAUGAUCCAAGUUACAAAUUCCCAGAGGAUAUGGAUUAUGGUAGUCCUGAUAUGAUGUGGAUGAACCUGCUGAAUAUAGCAAUCAAGUUCCAUACUCUUGAUGAUUUACGCGAGGUGAUAAGAGACUUCCGUGGAAUACCCGGGAUGUUGCGUGAUGUCUCUCGAUGGGGGAAGCAGAGUUGUUUCACCUUGAGUUAUCCUCGAAGCUGUAGUAUUAGCACUGCUGUUGAGAGUUUGGCGGAACAGUUCCCUGGCGUGCUGAGAAACAGCAGGUACUAUAGUACUAGUAAGUGUGUGGUUGUGGAUUUGUUGUUGAGUAACAUGUUACGAAUGAGUUGCUACAACAUAAUAGAACAAUUAGGUGCCAUUGGUAAGGUAGGUUGCCCUUCUGAUGAUACUUUGAACGAUCGGUUCUUUAACUUGAAUCUACUGAACCAGGGGUUGAAGUCAGAUGUUGAGGAGAGCAACUCCUUGCUGCAGGAGUGGUAUGGAAUAAAGAACUGUAUCAUGCCAGUGUCUUUCGGAGGGAAGCUGAAGGACAUGGUUGUUAAAAUGGCAAGUUGUAUGAGAAGUGGUGAUACUUCUUUUCUCAGACCACAACUAUUGCAUCCUUUGCCUUACUCGGCUUCAAGGAACACUACAUGGGCUGUGGUGCAUGGAUUGAGGAAAAUCGAGCUUGAAUCUACUCAACUAAUCAAUGCCACAUUGAAGCUUAAUCAAAUGACCAAAGCAUACGCAUGGGUGAUGGGUGUUCGUGACACAUUACCUAAGGUUGGGUUGAAUGCACUGUGUGAGGUGUACAUUGAGAACCUCACUUCAAAGGAGAGUGAGUUCAUACAGUUGGUGUUGGGUGAUUAUGAUAUCAACAUUAAGCACAUGUUGGACAAAGAAUUGGACCCGAGAACUGAUGAGCUCAAACUGGGGUGCAGGCCCUUUUAUAAUUUGUCCUUUCCGGGGACAAGGUGCACUGUCGUGUUCGACUCAGAUGGUGUUGGGAUGAUAAUUUUUUACGGUGCUUCCAGUUCUGUGAAUGCCAGUGAGUCGUUGGGAGUUACUACUCAGGCUGCAACAUUUGGUGGAGCUGCUGUCAGGACAGCUGCAGCGGCUGCACUUUCUGAGGCCGAUGUUGACAGAUUGGUGGAUGUAUCACCUCAAGAGACUGCACAUGGUGUGGCACCAGAUCAGGCAGGUCGAGUAUUUGGUGUGGAACGAGCUGGAACUGAUGCUGCUGACACUCAAAGAGCUGGUGGGCAUACAGCUGGUGGACAGGCGGGCUCAGGACGUGGCGCUUCUGUCCAUGGUGGUCGUGGUCGCACAGCGAGAUGGAACUGGACAAGCAGGUAAAGACAUUCCAGAUGGAAAUCACUUCUCGACCUUCAUAAAUGUUAAGUGUCUUGAUUCACAUGUCUUUUAAUUAUUCUAGCUAGGUGCAUGAUCUUUUGUAUUAUCCAAGUCACUCUUAUGGUAUUAAUGUGGUUAAAUUUAAGUGUGUGUGUGAAAGGUACCUAAUUGACAAGAGGGAGUUACUCCAUUGGUAAGCACCUCUCCCUUCCAACUCGAAGAGUGUGAGAUUGUUUUUUUUAUUAGCGUCCUUUUUUGUGUAUGCAUGUACUAAGAGUCAAGAGACAUUAGCUUAACCCUCUAUGAGGAGUCGACAUGUAUAUAUAGCACAAUCUAUAAAUACGUCUAACCUAUAAGACAAUCAUAAAAAUUUCUAAAAGUGUCAAAAUAAAAAUAAUAACAGGAGACACGCUCGAAAGUACAAUAUGAAUGAAAUAUCGAUCAUAUGAACAGUGCAUUUUGGAAUAUAAUUCAGUCAGUGAUAAUAUUAUAGGCGGCUGAUACAUAAUGCUAUCUUAGAUCUACUUUGAUCAAGAAACUGUACAAUAUUAGAAAAUGAAGGACCUUUUUUAGUGUCGGUAUCAAAAUCUAAUUGGUAAGAUUAUACUUCAUUGAUCAAUUAUGAUUCUUUAUUUCAACAUUCAACAGCUAUACUAGUCACUUUUUGCCUUCACGCAUUUUUAUUCUUUCUUAAAUUUUGUGUGUCAAGUCAAAAUCAUACAAAUAAAUUGAAACGAAGGGAGGAAGUAAUGGUCAAAAAACAACAACAUGCAUUUUGUCCCUAUAUACAAAUGUCAUACAGGAUCUUUUACUACAAUUCACAAAGGACAGUUCAGAAGCUAAGUGUGUUCUCUGCUACUGGAAAUGGCUUCUUUUUCCACCAGCUUCUACUUCUUGUCUCAGCAAGAAUGUCGUGUCUUUAUCUGAUUUCUCUCCUCUAUAUCAGUUUCCCACUCAAAGUCCCAGGAGAAAAUUUUCCAAGAAAAUUGUUUCUGUGAUCACACAGCCAAGUUCAAGAAUGCCUGCCACCACUGGCUCAGUUGGGUUUAUUUUGUUUUCUAUCAAAUAUUUAUACUAAUAAAGUUUGCCUUUUCAUAUACCUACGCGUGUGGCUUAGUGAUCAAUGAAGUAACAUGAAAACCCUAAGGUCUAAUGUUCAAACUCUAGCACAAACAGAAACAAUAGGUGAUCUCUUUCUAUUUGCCCUAGCCUUGGUUGACAGAGUUAGCUGAUAUGUGAUGCUGGUGGGAGGAAAUAAGUAUCCCGUAGAUUUAGUUGAGGUGCGCAAAAGCUGGCCUAGACACCACGGUUAUAAAAUAAAAAACACUAGGUGAUUUCUUCCAUCCGUCUUAGUCUUAGUGGACAGAGUUACAUGAUACCUAUUGCUGGUGGGAGGUGGCACCCUAGCUGGUAUAUCGUGGUAUUAGUCGAGGUGAUUUCUUCCCAUCUGCCCUAGUCUUCGUAGACAGAAUACAUGUUACUAGUGGGAGGUGACAAGUAUCCCAUGAAACUAGUUGAGGUGCAAGAAAGCUGACCUAGACACCACGAUGAUAAAAAUAAAUAAAUCCCCCUUUUCAUAUUUGGGGAAUAAAGUUACAAACUUUCCCAUAUAGCUUAAUGGUACUUGAUGCUUGUGAUUGUGAAUUUUUUGUUUUUUUAGGUGAAGAGUUGGAUGACUAUGACUGAGAAGUUGCUGGCUAGGGCUUCUGAGAAGCUUCAUGUGGUUCCAGGUGAGAAUUUGUGGGUCAAUGUUGAUGUUUUGAUGACAAAUGAUAUUACUGGGCCUGGUGCUAUUGGAGUAUUUAAAAGAGAAUUUGGAGAAAAUGCCAAGGUAUGCUAAAAUAGCCAUAUCGUUGAAUUAAGUUGAGUUUCAUCUUUGUUGUUAUAUAUAGUUAGAGAUUUAUGUCUAUAGGUUUUCCGGAGUUUUUAGUUUAUGAACAUUCACAAUUGACGAAAAUGCUGGAAACUUCAUGUAUAAACAAGAGCAAGUUAGAGUUUGAUGUCUCCAAAGAUAUGAUUCAAUAUCUUACUCCUCAUUCCUGAAAAUUGUGUGACAAGUUGAAAAGGGAUGCUUUCGUAUCUUUACUUAAAAUCAUUCAUAUCUCGAACUUUUCCCUCUUGGUAACUCGAACUCCCAAGCUCAUGGUAUAAAGAGGGCAAGCAUUCGACUCGUGUCUAGUUGAGUUCUGUAUCACCUAGGAUAGUAGAAUUUCUGCAGUAACUUAACUAUACAAUAUACCCCGCGAUGAAGCAGCUGCACAGGAUCAGUGAUUCAUAGUUGAGGUACUGAGAAAAGUUGAUGCAGAGUACCAUGCUUUUCUAAAUUCUAAUCUAGUAAAAAACUCACUUGAACAGACCUUGAUUUUCCUGUUGGGACUUCUAUGGCUCUAAUAGUACCAGGGAUUGUUUGGUUUCUUCAAUAUCUUCGGUCUGGGAUCGUGAAAAGGUAGUUGUCAUACCCGAUCACUACAUUUUCACAGCUGAUGAAUGAGCAAACUGUAAUGUAGAUAGGCUGAGGGACUUCUGCAACGAGCAA